AUAAGUGGUGAGUGGCCGGCCCAAUGCUUGACUCCAUUCAUUCCUCUCUGCUUCCUGGUUAAAAAGUCUGUGAAAGAAACUCUUGUUCACCUUCACAUUCAGGCGAGAGAUUCUGAGCUCUGAAGACAUUCAGACAUUCAGCGGAUCAACAGCUUGCUGCUCACACUGCAGACAUGAGGUUUGUGAUCCUGUUUGCUCUUUUGAGUGGGGUUUUUGCCGCCCCGUUCGUGAAGGAAGAGGAGGCAAAGCGAUUCAUCAGGCUGAAGAGACAGUCAGGAUACUGGGAUCCACACCACUCUCAGAACCAGUGGGGUUACACCAUUCAGGAACAGGCAAACGAGUACUGGACAGCAAUACGAACAGAUGCUCAGUACUACAUGGACAUGAGUAACCUGAUGUUUGACCGCUCUGUGGCUACGGAAAACAACAGGCUGUAUAUGGAGAUGUUGCGCAAUGCACGAGCUCACCUGGACAGCCAGACGGGUGGACACAGAUAAAAAACAGAAAGAGGGAAAGUGAGGAAAAAUCACACUGUCGACAAAAACAAUACAGUGCUUCCUAAGUGGUUAAUGCUCAAACAUUCACCCUAAUGUGCUUUACUGGUCGACCAGGAAUACAUUUUAACAUAUUCUGAGACUCAACUAUGAACUACUUUUAUGAAGGAAUGUAUUAGUUUUGCCUUUAAAUACUAUAUACUGUAUCUGUGUUAAGCUGACAUCAGAAAAAUGGUGCAUAAGAUAAUAUACUUGUUAGUAUUUUUGUAUAGUAAAAAAGAAACAAUUCAUAAACAGUUUUUGUAUGGAAAAUGAUGUGCACAACCUUGUACUGACAGUGAGGCCUUAGUGUAAAAUGAAAUGUAAACAUUUUUGCCAGUGUAAUUCAAAAUGGAAAAAAAAUAAUAUUGUUUUGGUAUAGUUAAAUGCUGCAGUUGUGUAAAAUUUGCAUUUUAAUAUAUGUUUUUAUAUAUUCAUAUGAAAUGGAUAUGUAUGGAUUAUUUUAGAACAAUGAUGCCUUCAAUCAAACAUUUAUUCAAUAAAAGGUGCUUUUUAUAGGUG